GAGGGACACGCGUACAGGGGAGGCGUUUUAUGUACAACCGUCAAGGCGGGUCUGCGCUGUGGCGAGUUUUCCCUUCACCAUUUCAGAGGUGUUCGUCCAGGACAGAACGCGAGCAAACACAGGAAAAUGGCUGAUCAACUGACGGAAGAGCAGAUUGCUGAAUUCAAAGAGGCCUUCUCACUAUUUGACAAAGAUGGCGAUGGCACCAUUACCACUAAAGAGCUUGGUACAGUGAUGCGUUCUCUUGGGCAGAACCCAACAGAAGCUGAACUUCAGGAUAUGAUCAAUGAAGUGGAUGCAGAUGGUAAUGGAACAAUAGACUUUCCAGAGUUCUUGACCAUGAUGGCAAGGAAGAUGAAAGACACCGACAGUGAGGAAGAGAUCCGGGAAGCUUUCAGAGUAUUUGACAAGGAUGGAAAUGGAUAUAUCAGUGCUGCUGAGCUGCGUCAUGUCAUGACAAACUUGGGGGAGAAGUUAACAGAUGAGGAAGUCGAUGAAAUGAUCAGAGAAGCAGAUAUCGAUGGUGAUGGCCAGGUCAAUUACGAAGAAUUUGUACAGAUGAUGACAGCGAAGUGAAAUCCUUGUACAGAAUUUCUUGUAUAAAACUAUUUGCCUUUUCUUUUUAAUCUAUGUAUAAUGUUUCAUUUUAAUUCUCCCCAUCUUCUGCUGUCCAAAGGAACUGCAUGUGUAAUUUUGUUUUUGUUUUGCCCCUUUCUGCACUUGGUAAUUGUUAACAUUUUGAUCUAGUGGGCUGUCACAGGGGCAGGUGACUGGUAUAGGCAGACAUUUUGGCUGGCACUACCUUGGUUUUAUGCUUUUUGCAGUCUGCUUGCCUGUCACCUCAUGAGUGGAGUCCAAAUGAUUCCAAUUCCCUUUUCCCUCCCUUUUUUCCCUUUUUUUUUUUUUUUUUUUUUUUUUUAAGGAACUGCUCUGCAUGGACAACAGACUACAUAUAAUAGUGAAAGAAAAUCCUUAAUAUUGCACUAUUGCAACAUCAGUGAAUUAAAUACUAACGGGUUUAUUGGCAGGUACCUGUACACUAUAGUCUUUUUGUAUUUCUGUUCUCUCGUUAUAACUAUGCUUUAUAAUUAGUCACUUUUUCUUUGUUAACUGCUUAUGGCACAGCCAUGCCUCAAAGAAUCCAUUCCAAGUUGUAUAUUUGUUUUCCAAUAAAAUUAAUUAAUCCCAAA